UAGUGAAUUUACGUACAUGUAUACAUGACUCUACAUCCCUAGUAUAUAGCUCUCAGCUGUUCAUCUCGUGCACUGUGUAUUGUAAUUGCCGGCAUAUGAAACGUUUUUGGCUCACGUUUCAGCUUUGUAUAAAAGGUUUUAGUUAGAAGUGUAAAAGAUUUAGUAAAUUGUGUAUCUUCUAAUAAAGUCCAAUGAAUGGAUGUUACUGCAAGAACGAAUUUAAGUGAACUGAAACAAUGACUUUAAGGUUAUGUAAUAAAUUAAAUUGUAUAAGUAUGAUUAAUCAUACAUGGGCUUUGAAAGUAUGUCCAAGAUUUAUAGAAAAAUGUAAAUACUUCAUUUCGUUCCGUACAUAUAAAAUGGUUGCAGUUACUGACAUUGUCCAAAAUGAUUCUACAAAAGAAAAUAUGUAUAUACCUGAACAUAAAAUUAUUCGUUCGAUUCUUCAAGAGUCCACAUACUAUGAUAAAACUAUUUUUCCACCAAUUAAAACAACCGCAAUAGUUAGCUCUGAGGACAUAGAUCAUUUAUAUACUGUGAAUUGGUUUCACGAAUCUCCAAACAACAUUAUUAAUGCUAUCAAGAAGUUGACAUACUCUUAUUUAAGUGGCACCCAUUUAGAAAUACCACUUUAUGACAGCAUUUUUACAGCCUGUACUAAAUGCCUUCCAGAAUUACAGGAUCAACAAAUAAAAAUUUUAUUGCAAUGUUCAAUUGCGUUACAGGAGAUGAUAAUAAAAACAAUUUGUUAUAAAAAAUUUAUAAAAACAUUAAAUACAGAAUGUAUAAAACGAUUUUAUGGGCCAAACGUUGAGGAGAUUUUAUUAAUAAUUGAUGCAUUUUAUCAGCUUGAUCCUUUAAAUUCUGAUUUUUUAUGGCGUGCAAUGAGAAAAUUGGCUACAAAAGUAUAUAAACUUUCUGCAAAAUCACUGGUUCAGUUGUUUUUUGUUUUACCUGUAGUUAAUAUAAGUUCUAUAAAUAUGUACGAACUUGAAUGUCGUGUACAAGAAUGCAUGUGUGAUCUAACUGGAGAUGAAUUAGGGAUAAUAGCAAGAGGUUUUUUUAGAAAGAAAAGAAGAAUUCAAAAUAGACUUUUAAUGCCACAAAUAAUGGCUAAGACUAUUAAACAAAUUGAUAUUAUAGAUGAUACUUCUUUGGCAUCAAUUAUGAAACUAAUUAGAUAUAGUGACUGUCAACAUUGUUUGAAAGACUUUCAAGAAUUACUGUUGUCCUUACGUGAUGAAAUACCACGGCUAUCAUUGAAGUGUUUAAUCCAUACAACACAUACAUUUGGAUCAUUACGCAUAUAUGAUGAAAUUUUAACAAAUAAGAUUCUUCAAAGAUUAGAAAAAGAAAUGAAAACUGCAAGACUAAAAGAUAUUGAAAGAGUUAUUUAUAGCAUAUGUACAGUUGCUCCCAUCACAGAUUACUAUACAAAUAUAUGCCAUAAAUUUGUGAAUGAAAUGAUGUUCACUUAUAACACUACUAGAGCAGCUGAAAUUAAUAGAUAUCCAAUAUCAUUAAUACGUAUUUUGACGUUCUUAACAAUAAGAAAUAUAUACGUACCAGAAUUACUUGAAUUCGUAUUUGAGCCCAAUUUUGUAAAAAAGACAUACAACAGUAAUCUCAAAUUAUUGACAAAUGAAUGGUUGAUGUUACAUUGCUCAGUUAAAAUAGAUUUGGCUUACUACAAAGGUCCAUUGCUCGAAAACAAUUUGUAUACAUAUUUAAUAAAGCAAAACUGUAAUCAUGAGAUUGAAACCUAUAAACAGGAUGUCAAUGCAAAGUUAAGAAUGGAAAUUGCAUUUAUCUGCAAGAACAAAUUGGGGAUAGAAUUAUAUAGUGAUUAUAUUUUACCCCAUUACUUAAAUAAAGAUAUUAUUUUUGGUUUGGAUACACAUAACAAUCCUGUUGAAAUUGGAUCUAUUUUAUCGGCAAUGCCGUUAGGUUCAAUUAAAAAUGUAGAUACUGAUGAAUUAAAAAAUAUAAAAUGGAAAGUUUUAGUUCCAUUGUCUGCUUCAGUAAAAGUAGCAAAUGCUGAUCGUUAUAUUGGAUAUAUCUAUAGGAAAUGGAGACAUUUGAGGAUCAUCGGAUAUACACCAAUUCCAAUCUGUGAAAAUAUCUGGGAGUGUAUGGAUGAAGAAAGUAAAGCACAACAUUUAAGACAAUUAAUUUAUGAAGAUAUACAGUCUAAUUUAUUUAAAACCUGAUUU